UGUCCCACUCCUCCCUGAAGCCGCUGGCGGGGCGGUAACGCGUGCAGUUAAGGGUACCGCGCCCCAGCUCCCCUCCCUCAGCCCCGUCGCCCCGCCCUCGCGGGGCUGGGCGGCCGGGCCGGGCGGAGCGGAGCGGGUUACUGCAGUUUUCAUAUAGUAUGGAAGAAGAGGAGUUUUUUGGAGAAAAAACAUUCCAGCAUUAUUGUAAAGAAUUUAUCAAACAUUCACAGCAGAUAGGUGAUGGCUGGGAAUGGAGAACUUCAAAGGACUGUUCUGAUGGAUACAUGUGCAAAAUGCAUUUUCAAAUUAAAAAUGGGACAGUGGUGUCACAUCCAGGGGCAUCUGCCCAUGGACAGACGUGUCUUCCCAUGGAGGAGGCUUUCGAGUUACCCCUGGAUGAUUCUGAAGUGACUGAGGCUGCAGCAGCAACCGAAGUGAUUAAAUAUGAGUAUCAUGUAUUAUAUUCCUGCAGCUACCAAGUGCCAGUGCUUUACUUUAGGGCAAGCUUUUUAGAUGGGAGACCUUUAUCUCUGAAGGACAUAUGGGAAGGUGUCGGUGAGUGCUACAAGACACGGCUGCAGCAGGGGCCCUGGGACACUAUUACCCAACAGGAGCACCCCAUCCUGGGCCAGCCCUUCUUCGUCCUUCAUCCCUGCAGAACCACUGAGCUCAUGAGUCCUGUGGUAAAGAAUUCUCGGAAAAUCAAUAGGAACAUCAACUACAUCACGUCUUGGCUGAGCAUUGUUGGGCCAGUCGUUGGGCUGACUCUACCUCUAAGUUAUGCCAGAGCAUCCUCUCAGGACGAGUGAAUGUCAGUCUUCAAGAGUCUGCCCUUGAGCCAGGGAGCUUAGAAAUGGCAGCAGGAAGAACACUGAGAGUCUAUGUGCCCACCCUUGUUUUGAUAGCACUGCUGCUGUGAGUUUCCAGCUCACCAAGAUUUUGACGUGGAUUUUUUUCCCUUGGAAGCAAACGUCUGCAGCAGCUGAUAAACCGUGUAUUUAGGAGGAGUAACUCAAAGACAUAAAUCAAUAUAAAUAGCAGAAAAGUGACUCUAACUCAAUGAAGGAAAUACUGACAUCAUUAGGGCAUUUUCAAGUCAUUCUUUUAUAUUUCUGAGACUUGGUUUCUUCAUCUUUGAUGUAGGAAUAACAAGCUACCUUAAUAGGGUUGCUGUGAGAACCACAGGAGAUCAUUAAUACAUGAAAAAAUAUUGUCAAGUUUAUUCUUUCUAUAAACAUUCAUUAAAUGGUCACCUCUCUUAAUAUUUGAUUGUUAUUCACCCAGUCUGUCAGUAAGUUUACUAGCCAGUAAGUUAUUAAGAUGAACCUAACCUUUUUGGUUGGGAGUUGCUUGUUUUGUCUUUCAUUGUAAUUUGCUAGGGGCUGAAACUGAGAGAAAAAUGCAAUUGGCUCUUUAGGGCAUCUAGCUUAGUGCCUCUUAGUGAGGGACACACUGUAGAAUCCCCUGAGGCUCUUUUACAAAUGAUGACCACCACCUUCCAAUACAGCCCCUCUGGGGUGAGUCUGAUGCACAGGCUUUGGGGGAACCUCUGGUCUGCAUGUGCUCUGAGUACGGCAUUCGUUUUACUGUUUUGGUCUCCCAACAGGCCUUUUCAGGUUCUUUGUAUAGCUCUGCCAGGUUGGGCUGACUUCCUAAUGUGCAUUGGCCCAGACUUCCACAUUACUGCGUUCUAGUACCUUAGCAAAUGCUGUAAAUUUUAAGUGUAAAAUUGGAAUCAUGAAGGGGAGUCUGGAGUUCCAAUGCCUCCAACCACCUCAGUGAGGGGUCCUCACAGUUUUUUUGGAGCCUGAGUCCAGGAGGCGCUGGUGCACCAGGCGGGCUCCUGGGGUGAGCCUUUAGGCUGAGAGCUUGUCCCCCGGCCAAUGAAAAGGGCAGAGGCAGCUCUUCCUGUCUGUCCGUUCAGGGCUGAACUCUCAGAGGGAGUGGAAGUAGAGAAAGGGUUAAUUUGAAUUGCUAGAAAAGCUAAAAGUAAAAUUUAAAACGCUGAGCUAUACAUAUUCUUGCUGGGAGGAGAGCCUGCUUACAUGCUUGCUGGGCAUUUGGGUAUUUACCACUUAACAUCUUUUCAACUUCUGCAAGGGAUUUCCCUGCCCCCACUCUCCUUAAUGUGAACACAGAUUCCUCAGCAAGUUGUUUCUCAAGCCAUGUCAUUUCUGGGGUAAAAUAUGUGUUUUAUAUGUAUUAUAUACACACACAAAAAAAAUACUUUUGUCAUCUGGAUUAUGUACUUGUCUGGGAAUGUUAGUUAUCUUUUGCAAACAGAUUCUGAGAUAAUAGUAGUCUGUCAGUUUGGGGCCAGUGUGUAGUUUUUUUUAAGUUAACAUUGUUUUUCUCUUAUUGAUGGAGACCUGAGAGUUCGUGAGUGGCAGAAACGAGUUCUGAAGCGCUCCUGUAGGUUGUGGGGACCUCCCUUCCCGGAUGGAUCCCGCUCUUCAGGCAGCUGUUUCUUUUCAGAUUAUUUUUCACUUAAAAAAAACUUUUGAUUUUUGGUUGACAAAAAUUUUCAUUUUUAAUAAUGCAGUUAUAUAACAUGGGAAAGAAAUUUGUUUUGUCAAAGUAACAGUCCUUUCUCUGGAAUAUGAGGGUUUUUUUCCUUUGGUUUUCCUCUCUCCCUAACCUAAUUCAAAGCCCCUUCAGCCUGAAAUAAGGCUAGUUAAAACUGCUACCAGCCACUCUCCUAAACUCUGCCUUUUUGUGUGGCCAUGGAAAAAUUGCUUCACCUCUUUGGGACUCAGUUUCCUCAUUUGUUAGCUGUGUGAUCUGUGAGCUCACUCCAGUCCUUGGGUUUGUGAAAUAGGGAGAAAUCUAGAGGUCCACACUGUGAGUCUGGUUAGCCGCUAGCUGUGUGACUAGGCCAAUUUUCUUAAUCUCUUUUGGUCUUUUACCAUUUCCAUCAGGGAAAAAAAACCCAAAAACCAGAAAACGCCUAUACUAUCUAUCCCACCUACCUAACAAGAGCAUAGAGUAGAUCAAAACAGUACGUAAACCCAGAGGAGCUUCCUAACCAACAGAGCGCCACGUGGCAUAAGGGGGAUAAGGGGUGGCUGGCCCCUGCUCAGGUGGGGAGGCCUGCACACCUACUCCUUCCUGCCUUGUAACAGGGUGCAGCCAA